AUUUUUCAUGCCUUUUAGCUUUUUUUUCUCCUGUCCUCGCAGCUGACUCCUCUCUUCCCCUCUCUCUCACAUUUCUCCUGCUUCUCAAAUUAUACUUCUAUGGCGACGAAAGAACCGGUAUCUGUUUACGAUAUAAGCAUUGAGGAUGCAAAUGGAAACAGCUUAGAACUCAGUCAAUACAAAGACAAAGUUCUUCUAAUUGUCAAUGUUGCUUCCAAAUGCGGGAUGACGAACUCAAACUACACCGAACUGAAUGAGCUUUACAACAAGUACAAAGACAAAGGUCUGGAGAUUCUAGCAUUUCCCUGUAACCAAUUUGGUGAAGAGGAACCGGGAACUACUGACCAAAUUACAGAGUUUGUUUGUACUAAGUUCAAAUCUGAGUUCCCCAUAUUCAACAAGAUUGAAGUGAAUGGAGAGAAUGCUUCUCCUCUUUAUAAGUUUCUAAAGAAAGGCAAAUGGGGAAUCUUCGGGGAUGAGAUUCAAUGGAACUUUGCUAAGUUUCUUGUGGACAAGAAUGGUCAAGCUGUAGAACGUUAUUACCCAACCACUUCUCCUCUUACACUCGAGCAUGACAUCAACAAGCUUCUGAACGUCUGACUGAAUCGCCUCUGUUGAUAACUGUACUUUGAUCUUAAACUUCUCAUGUAAUAAAGCAAAUCUCAUUGCCUUUGGUUUGAAUUUGUUAUGUUUUGGUUUCAUUAAUCCAAACUCAGACCAACACAAAGAAGUCAAAACAAUAUUAAAAUCGGUUCCACA